AGGGUGGGCGCGUGUACAGAGACAGGAAGAACUUUGGCGUGUAUUUAGUUACAUCACAGUUACAUGCAGCAGUAGAUACAUUGUUUUUUCCUGCUUGCUGGAAGCGUGGCUGUUUUGAAAGUUAGCUCGUGUGUUAGUUCUAGAACUAUGGCGCUGAAAAUUGAACGCUUCGUCUGUCCCGGGAAAGGCAAUGGGCUGCGGGCUACACAUGACAUCAGAGCUGGGGAACUUCUGUAUAAAGCCCUCCCGUUAGCGAGCUGCGUUUCUAGGAAACACAUGGCCAGGGCCUGUCACCACUGUUUCAUAAGAGCUGAGAGCCUACUGAGAUGUUCCAAGUGUAAGACGGCCCGGUACUGCAAUGCUCAAUGUCAGAGACAGGCCUGGUUGGUCCAUAAGGUUGAGUGUGGGCGUCUGAAGGCUCUACUGCCCACCAUUCCUCCAGACUCCGUACGACAGGCUGCCAGGAUACUGCAGACCAUGCAGACACCUACUUCCCAGAAUGCUCCAGAAGAGCUCUACUCAAUAGAGGAACACCAGUCACAUCUGGAGGGCAUGUCUGAAGAGAAGCUGGAUGGUCUGAGGCAUCUGAGUUCAGCUCUCCAGCUUUACCUGCAGGAGGGGGGAGAAGGACACACACACACUCAUGACCUGCUCAGCCUCCUCGCAAAGAUCACCUGUAACUGUUUCACCAUCAGUGAUGGAGAGCUACAGGAAGUGGGCGUCGGCCUUUACCCCAGUAUGUCGCUGCUGAAUCAUGACUGCCAGCCCAACUGUGUGAUGCUGUUCGAGGGGACGACGCUCCACUUACGAGCCGUCAGAGACAUCAAGACGCACCAGGAGGUGACUAUCAGCUAUGCUGAGUGUGUGUCCCCGACGGCGGAGAGGCGGGGGCAGCUGGAACAACAGUACCACUUUACCUGCCAAUGCAGAUGCUGUAGCAACAGCCAUCGGGAUGCUGAGAUGUUGGCUGGUGGUGUGAGGGGUGAGAAGCUGAAGGAAGCUCUUCCAGACCUGGAGAAACUACAAGCAGAGCUGAAGUGGUCUGAGCUGCUGUCAUCAGGAGUGGGUCUACUGGAGCAGCUGGGCGGGGGGGCGGUGCCUGACUCCAAUGUUUACCUGUUGAGGCUGCUGGACCUGCUGCUGGAUUGCUGCGUUUCGAUUGGUCGAUACGACACCGCACUCGCCUAUGGCACCAGAACACUGCAGCCAUACAGCCUGUACUAUCCCGAUCCCCACCCAGCGCGAGGCCUGCAGCUGAUGAGAGUAGGGAAACUGCAGCACCUACAGGGAAGAGUGGAGGAGGCCAUGCACACCUUUACACAGGCGUAUGAUGUCAUCAAGGUGACCCAUGGGAGAGACCAUUCUCUUACUGCUGAGCUGCAGGGACGACUGGCCGAAUGCCAAGCGGAACUCAACCGUGACUGAGCCGAAUGCAAAGCGGAACUCGUCUGGGACUGAGCCGAAUGGCAAGCGGAGGUCAACCGGGACUGAACCGAAUGCCAAGCAGAACUCAACCGGGACUGAGCCGAAUGCCAAGCGAAGGUCAAACGGGACUGAGCCGAAUGCCAAGCGAAGGUCAAACAGGACUGAGCCAAAUGCCAAGCGGAACUCAAUCGGGACUGAGCCAGAACUCAAAUGGAACUGAGCCGAAUGCCAGCCAUGACUGAGUCUAUGUUGUUUUUUUAGCUGACAGUUAAUCUGCAUCCACAGUAUUCGAUUGUGUUCUCAAAAGCGUCACUAAACUAGCAAUUUAUUUGCUAUUUCCUGGUUAGCAACGAUGCUUUUGAGAAACACACACACACACACACACACACACACACACACACACCUAUUCAUUAGCCACUCCUGACAUACGUGUAUGGUCUUUGUUUUAUUUUGUUUUUUUAUUUUGUAAGAUUGAGUUGUCCUAUGACCAAUAAAGAGCCCUAACUACAAAAAAAGUUAUUUUUCUAACUCUGCCAGUCAGCCCAUGAAAAAUUAAGCUUAAUAGAAGAGUCUUCCCAGACAGCAAAAUAUAUUUGGGCCAGAUGGAUCAUGAGACUAUAAACUGGUUACAGUUGUUAGUUUUUUGUCAUACAUUUAGAAGGCAUGCUCUCCAAAAAAUCUUUCAACGUAAUUCAUGCCACCUAAACGUAGUCUAGGUAAAGAGCCUGGACUUAAACGGGCUUCAUUUCAUUUUUAGGAUUUGCAUUAG